ACUUAAAGCUCUGAGCUAAUUUUAAAAAAAUUGUUGGUUGAACAAAGUGUUACUGCUUGAAUCCCUUUCAAUCAGUAUUGUCUGCUCGGAUUUAGAGCUUACUUUAUGAUGUAGCAAUCAAAAAUUUGAAAUUAUUAAUUGCAAAUUGAAUUUCAUUAUUCAAGAAGCAGCUUUGGGAGAAACUGUCAUUUUAAGAAUCAAAAGUCUUUCUCAUGGUUUUAUUGAUUAGAAAAAUACAAAUCUCCCUGUCAAAGAUAAAAGAAGCAAAUGUCAUAAAGCUACAAUCACAAUACUAUCCCAAAAAUAAUCAUUCCUCCAUUGAAGAAAAAGUUGCUAAUUUUAUUACACGCCACAAGAAAAUCUCUGAACUCUAAUCUCUAACCUGUGAAUGCUUUCUUCUUCUAUUCUGCAACUGUCCAUUGAUCUAAAAUGCCAAAUAUAGUGCUUAAAGCAGGGAGUAGGCCACCAUGGGUAGGAUUGGCUGCGGCAGCUUGGGUUCAAGUGGCUGCAGGGAAUGCCUAUAACUUCCCACUCUACUCUACUGCCCUUAAAUCAGUUCUUGGAUUCAACCAGCAACAGCUAACAAUCCUUGGAGUGGCCUGUGAUAUUGGAGAGAAUCUGGGUUUGAUUCCUGGCAUCGUCAUCAAUAAAUUUCCCCCUUGGUCUGUGCUUUCUGUUGGUGUUCUUUUUUGUUUCUUGGGUUAUGGUGUUCUUUGGCUUGCUGUUAGCGAAACUGUCAUUGGCUUGCCUUAUUGGUUGCUGUGGCUUGCACUUGUUGUUGCCACUAAUAGCAAUGCAUGGUUUGGCACAGCUGUGCUUGUAACCAAUAUGAGAAACUUUCCUCUCAGUAGAGGUACUGUUUCUGGCAUUCUCAAAGGUUAUGUUGGAAUCUCUGCUGCAGUAUAUACAGUGCUGUAUAAUUUGGUACUUACUGACUCUGCUUCAAAGCUUCUGCUAUUCCUUACACUCGGCAUUCCAGUUAUAUGUCUAGCCAUGAUGUACUUUGUUCGACCCUGUACUCCAGCUUCUGAAGAAGACUCUUCAGAGCAUGGCCAUUUUGUUUUUACCCAAGCUGCAAGUGUUGUGCUUGCCCUAUAUCUUCUUAUGUCCACUAUAAUAAGUGAUAUGGUUUCUUUAAGUGAUACUGUUUCAUACAUAUUAGUUUCCAUAAUGGUGAUUCUUUUGAUGUCUCCUCUCGCAAUUCCUGUCAAAAUGACUCUUUUUCCGGCAAGGUCUAAGAACCAUAUCCCAGCAUCUGAUUCCUCAGAUAACCUGGUAUCAAGGGAAGAUGGAUCAACCUCAGCAGAUCCUUUGUUGACACCAUCUUCAUCAGCUACAUAUCUUGGAAGUUUUCUUGAUAGUGAGGAUGCUUCAGAGGUGGAAAUACUUCUUGCAGUGGGGGAGGGAGCAGUAAAGAAGAAAAGAAGACCUAAGAGAGGGGAGGAUUUUAAAUUUCGUCAGGCUUUAAUCAAGGCUGAUUUCUGGCUUCUUUGGGUAGUAUACUUUCUUGGAGUUGGUUCUGGAGUUACUAUUCUCAAUAAUUUGGCUCAAAUUGGGGUCGCAUUUGGUCUUGAUGAUACAACGAUACUCCUCGCUGUCUUCAGUUUUUGCAAUUUUGUUGGCCGUCUUGGCUCAGGUGCCAUUUCUGAGCACUUUGUCAGGUCAAAAACAAUUCCACGCACCAUCUGGAUGACAUUAGCUCAUAUGAUUAUGGUUGUAACAUUUGUUCUAUUUGCGUUAGCUCUUGAUGGUAUUCUUUAUGUUGCAACUGCUCUGAUUGGCAUCUGUUAUGGUAUUCUGUAUUCUGUAAUAGUAUCAACUGCCUCUGAGCUAUUCGGCUUGAAACAUUUUGGCAUAAUUUAUGCCUUUAUGUUAUUGGGCAACCCUAUUGGUGCCCUUCUUUUCUCAGGGCUGCUUGCAGGUUAUGUAUAUGAUGCAGAAGCUGCGAAACAAGGAAGCUCUACCUGUGUAGGUUCUGAUUGUUUCAAGUUGACAUUCCUUGUUCUAGCUGGCAUCUGUGGAUUGGGCGCCUUGUUCAGCAUAAUCCUGACAAUUAGAAUACGCCCAGUAUACCAAAUGCUUUAUGCAGGAGGCUCCUUUCGUCUACCGCAAUCUUCAGGUCAUUGAUGAGCAGAAAUUGUUAUCUAUUAUCAAAUAAAAAGCGAGAAAUGCAUAUCCUGCAGAGUUUUUAGUAUUACAGUACUCAGGAAAGUGACUUGCAUGGGCUACAAAUUGCUGCCUAUGGUGCAAAUUGCUGAGAUAGUAAUCUCCCCCAAUCAAGAAUUAGCUAGCUGUAGGUGGCUAAUUGUUGUUUGUGCAAUAGAGCUUUUUGUAACGACUUGAAAAUUUUGUAUGUACACACAUAUACAUCCAAGUUGUUGUGUUGGUUGCCCUUUGAGAAAUGUUUUUGCUUCUGUAUCAAUAAAAUCAUGUCCUGUGCUAUAAUCACAGCUAGAUCAA